AAGUCAGGGCGAGUGCUGGCUUCAGAGGGGCGAAGUGCGCAUGCUCGCGGACGCUUCCGGGAUGGAGGGAGCCAAAGAGGCGCCGGCGCCGCUCUGUUUUCGCGCCAGAGGAUCGGCCAUGGAGGGCAGCGGGGUAAAGAAGGCGCAGGGAAAAGGGAGCAAGGCGUGGAAGUGAGGAAAUAAGAACGAUUCCAUGCCUUACCUCUGAGGAAGCAGACAGACUUUGCUCAGUUAUUGAGUCCUGUGAUUUGAGUUUUAAAAGCGAUGAACUUGGGAUAGAAACAUCCAGCCAGCUGGGAAAGUAUAUGAGUUCUCAAAAUGAAGAAGUGGACGACUCAGACAACCAUCUUCCAGGCAACACUGAGGUGGAAUCCUUGAAGGAGGACUGGAGUUCUUACGACAGACUUGUGGAUAAACACCGAACCAAGAUGAAGGAAUUGCUGCCAUGCCUUCAAGGCAUGCCCCGGGAUAGCUCCAUGGAAGCAAACUCAAGUGAAGGUGAAACAAAAUGGUUGUGGAAAGAUGCCAUAAAUGACAAAGUCACUUUCCAGAAAAGGCUUCACGAAGCAGAGUUGGCAAUCGGAUCAGCAGAGAUGUUUUUGCCCUCAUUUAAAGAAACUCUUGCUCGAAUUUCAAAAGCUUGUUACAUUUCUGCAUCAGAUAUAAUAAAGAUCUCUGUCCAAGAAGACUUGCUGCUAAAGGAGCUAGAUGUUCUCAGGAAUAUGAAGGGACUGUUACAGCAACUACUUAGAGUGAGCAAGGACAAGGAAAUUAUCAGUAAACAGAUUGAAGAAUUGAUACAUGGAAUAACUGAUAAUGAAAUGGAAAUUGCAAAUAUUAGAAGUGAAACAACUCAAAAAGAGAGGCGUAUUUUGGAACUUUCAAGUCAGCUUGAUCAAGAAAAAGCUAAUGUGCUAACAGUGUCACGUCGUUCUGAAUCAGUCCAGUCAGUGCAAACCCACCUGCAGUGCCAGAUAGGAAAAAAGGAGGUGGAGAAUAAUCAAUUGAAAACAAAAUUCCAGACUGUUGAAAAGAAGAUUGCUGAAUGGAAGCUACAAAUCAGAGAGCAUAAGCAGCACAUUUUGGCUGAGAAGGAAAGAAGAGAGGAGAGAAAGAAGGCACUGAAAAGGGCAGCUAGUGUUCAAAAACAGAGAGCUGAACAUUUGAAAGCAGUUGUGGAGAGCUUAAUUUCCAAAAUUAGGGACAAGGAAAUCCAAUUGUCUGAGGUGCUUUCGGCUUCAAAUGUCUGGAAAAGUCAUCAUGAGACAGUAGUAGAUGAAAAAAACAGGUUAGAAGUUCAAGUUGAAAGUCUGGAAAAGCAGAUCACAGACCAUAUGAUGGACCUCAGAAGAAUUCAAGAUGCUCUGAGCAAGUCGAGGAAUGAGAUUCUUGAAAAGAUUAAUGUUAUCGUCUCAGAAAAUGAAAAGAUUUCCCUUGAAAAUGCAACAUUAAAGGCAUCUCUUGCUGCUUUGGAAAUGAGUGUUACUUCUGCAGAAGCAGAAGUUGUAGACCUACAUAUAAAGAAACAGCAGCAAGAAAAGCAGGUUGAACGUUAUAAAAAAGAGGUAGUGAAAAGAGAAAUGGAAGCUAGGGAAUUGAAAACCAAGUAUGAAAAAGUCCUCAAUGAGAGCAGAAUGAUAACAGAAGACAUAGAUAAUGAAAUGGAAGCAGUGAGGGACCAGACAGAGGCCUGCUUGAAGGACUUAGAACGUGUCCGUGACACACAGAAAGCAGCUGAAGGGAAACUGUGGACAUGUCAGGAAAGCCUACUGUCCUGCCAAAAGAGCUGCCUAGAUAAAUCCAAAGUCAUUAGGGAGCUACAGGUCCAGGUAGGUGACAGUGGUGAAUUCCUGAAACAACUUUCUUUAGAAGAGGAAAAUUGCAACAUCCAGUUGAAAUAUGAAGAACUUAACAGAAAACUGGAAGAAAUGGAACUGCAAAACAAACAACUUCAAAAUCAGUUCGCAAACCAAGAAGAGAGUCUUCAGAAAAUUGAAUUCCAGUUCAAACAAAAAGUUGCAGACAGUGAAGCUUUAACCAGACAGCUGGAAGCUGUUUUAGAAGACAGAAGGAAAAAGUUAGCAGAAGAGAUGGAAAAGAUCACUUCUAGAGAGCAGUCACUUCAGUUGAAAAUAUUGGAUCUAGAAAAUGCAUUGAGAAAGAAAAAAGAAGAGCGGGAACAACUAACUAGAAGACUGGAUGCUAGAGAAAAACACCAUGAAUUGUCUUUGAAAGAACUAGAACAUGGCCUUCAAAGAUCAGAAAAACAGACUCAAAGUAUCCAGAAUUAUGUAAAGUUUUUGAGAACUUCAUAUGUAGCCAUGUUCAGCUGAACUUUUUUGCUCGUUUUAAAAUUGAAUAUCAUCUCUCAGGAAAAAUGUUUGUGUUUGUGCACUUCCACUAUGUUAUCUGAAAGACAUAUGUUGUGUUACCUGGUAGCCAUAUAUAAAGGUAAAGGCUUUUCCCUGACUUAAUGUCCAGUUGUGUCCGACUCUGGGGGUUGGUGCUCAUCUCCAUUUCUAAGCCAAAGAGCCAGGGUUGUCUGUAGAUGCCUCCAAGCUCAUGUGGCCGGCAUGACUGCAUGGGUUACCUUCCUGCCGAAGCGGUACCUAUUGAUCUAUUCACAUUUGCAUGUUUUCUAACUGCUAGGUUGGCAGAAGCUGGGGCUAACAAUGGGAGCUCACCCCGCUCUCCGGAUUCGAACUUCCCACCAACCUUUUGGUCAGCAAGUUCAGGGGCGCAGCCAUACAUACCACACACACACACACACACACACACAUAUAUACUUAUACAAUCUUUUGAAAAAUAUCUCCUUCAGACAUAUUGGGAGGACACCAGUUUGGGUAAAAGAAAAAUAAUUGAGCAAAUGGAUGUGUGUUGGUAUGCUACAUUUUCUUGACACCACUGUCAGUGAUGAAUGGCUUUGAAAUCAUAAAAGCUAUUUAUUUGUGCUGUGAAGUGAGUGUGUUUGCCCACCACUGCUUUGGAAGGCUGCACAUGUUCAAAGGAAGUUUUUAUUAAUGAUGCUUCAACUUUCUGAAAAUGGUCCUUAUGGCCUCAAUAUGUGGUCAUGUUGUUCUUUCUAGUUUGCCCUGCUGAAUUAGGCAGAGUGAUAUCAUUUGGCUCCAGAUUAACAUAAAUUCAACUAAUUAUACUUCAAGGGAAAAGGAAUGGAGUUUUCACAGUGUUCUCUAUUGUGAACAGGUAGAUAGACUCCCUAGAAUCAGAUGUCAGGCUCCCACUUGUGCCUAAUAUAAAUAUUCAUAAUGAGAUGGAAUGUCAGCUGCUUCUCUCGCAAAGCUGCUAUUUGUGCAGUUGCCUGAACAGCAAUUACCGGGGAGAAGGUUAGACCAGAAAACAUCAGUCUGAGUAAAGGGAGCUGAACCUUCUGUUCUCCAGAACGCCUUUCUUGACUAGCACCCCACCCUCCAGAGUUGCUUUGAAUUUACAAAAAAAAUUGAGAGAUUGAUCACCCCUGUCUUAUAUGUUUGGUCCAGAUUAUAGCAUGCAGACCAAGUGGAAUGAGUUACUGGUGUCUUAAGAGCCCUUUUUACAGAAAAUCGUCAUUAUUUCCAAAAUAUAGUUUGGGGUUUUGUUUUUGUAACUUCUUGAAAACUGUAAAUUAUAAUUAUCUAAGAAAAUAGACACAGCACAAAAAUGUACACAUUCUUUUUUACCAUUUGGUACUUCUUAACAGAAAUUUGCAGGGGUGGGCAUACUUUUAUUGGUAAAAGAAAUGUGAAUUUGAUUAGGAUUUCUUGUUCAGUGUUUCUGUAAAGUCCCUUUUAAAAGCCCCUUUGCCUCUCCUUCUCCUGCACUCUCUUUGCACAUAAACUUAUAGCAGGCUGCAUCACAUAUUCCACCUUCUUUAUCAUGGCGAGAUCUCUGUGGUGUGUUGCCCCAGCCAAUGUCACCAGCUGCAUCCUAGCUUCAUUUUAGACCCUCAGCUAGGACUAAGUUUACUCCAGGACUGAAAUAGGAGUUAGAAGCAUGCUAAAUGAGUUCAACAUAGUCAACUCUCCAAUGAUGGGAGCAGAUUCAAGAAGAAAGACCUAAAGCUUCUAUAUUCAAUAGUAUAAGAAGGUAGGUUUCAGCACCCUGAAUCCCCCAGCCAGUAUAACCAUCAACCUACUGGCCGCAAAAUUCAGAAAGCUGUAGCCCAAAAACAACGUGUGUGUUCGUAGAUGUCUGUUUCCCAGAAAGGAGAAGCAAUGCUUAAUCAAAGAUGCCAGAUGGGGGGGAAACACCCAGUCAAUUCUAGAAAAUAUGCUUCAUCAAUCAUUUCCUGAAAACGGGUGACAGCCAAACUCAGGGUAGGAAAGCCUCACUGAGAAGAAGAAAAAACUGAUCCAACUGCAAAAUAGAGGGGGUUGUGCCUUUUGGAGACAACUUAAAGACUAUGAUUCACAUUCUCCAGAUUUAUGUCCAUGCUGAAUGUUUCUUCUUUAUUUACUAUAUUUAUACCCUGCUCUUCUCACCUCGAAGGGGACUCAGAGUGGCUUGCAAUUGUUGGCAAGAUUCAAUGCCACAUCAUACAUAAAAUAAAUACAAUUUUAGCAAAAACAAAACAUAUAAGUGAAGUAAAACAUUUAAAACAAUGCCUAGUUCUAUAAUCAUCUAUCACUCAUUUAUUAAUCUUUGUUUCCAUCAUGUGAUUAUUAAAUUGAAGCGUCAAUCUGCAUGUGAAUAAGGCAACAAUAUUACGAGGGUUGAAUGAAAAGUAAUGCCUCCACCGUCGCAACUCCUCAACAGAUGGCAGUACUGGUAUGCGGCAGGUACUGGCUUGUUCAGUAGACUCCUCUACAGUUCCAUUUAGCAGGAACCCUUAGCAUUGAACAGUUGUGUUGUUAAAGUGCGAAGUAUGGAACCCUGCGCAGACAGUCGGUCAAUGCGACUUAAGCAAUGUGCAGUCGUAGAACUUUUGACAGCAGAAGGUUUCACCCCAAAGGAGAGUCAUCAGAGAAUGCAAACUGUUUAUGGUGAUUGUGUUGAUGAGAGUACUGUGCGUCGUUGGGCAAGUAAGUUUAAAGAUGUUGAGGUGGGAUCAUCUGACUUGCGUGACGAACAAAGAGUUGGAUGUCCUGUGACAGCAACCACCAAGCUUCACAAGCAAAAGGUUGACAGAUUGAUUCAGGACGAUUGUCAUAUCACUCUGAGAGAAAUUUAAAGCGUAAUUGGCAUUUUACAAGAAUGUGUGGGUCACAUUAUUGCUUUGCUUGGCUAUUGGAAGAUCUGUGCACGAUGGGUACCCAGGAUGCUGACGCCUGAAAUGAAAGCGCACAGACUUGAAAUUUGCCGGGAACUCCUCUCGCAUUACGAGAAUGAAGGUGGUGCCUUUCUCCUUUGGGGUGGCACCUCCUGCUGUCAAGAGUUAAAUGACUGCACAUUGUUUAAGUCGCAUUGACCGACCGUCUGCGCAGGGUUCCAUACUUCGCACUUUAACAACACAACCGUUCAAUGCUAAGGCUUCCCGCAAAAUGGAACUGUAGAGGAGAGUCUACUGAACAAGCCAGUACCUGCCACAUACCAGUACUUCCAUCUGUUGAGUUACAAAGGUGUAGGCAUUACUUUUAAUUCAACCCUCGUAAUUCCACCUACAAAGUAGAAGGAAGAUCCGGGUCUUCAUAUACCCAAUGGAAGAAUGACUGGCUUCAUCAAUGAUCAUGACUAUGUAUUUGAUUAAAUCUGCAGAUGAUGCAGAAUCGCUUCCAACCCAAGCAAAGCAUCAGGAUUUUCAAAGUCACCUCUUCAAAUUGGAUAACUAACAAAAUGGUGAAUAAGAAUAAGUGUAGGUACAGGUAAAGGUUUCCCCUGACGUUAAGUCUAUUUGUGUCUUGACUCUGGGGGUUGUUGCUCAUCUCCAUUUCUAAGCCGAAGAGCCGGCGUCUGUAGACACCUCCAAGGUCAUGCGGCCGGCAUAACUGCAUGGAGCGCCAUUACUUGUAUAUUAUGUUAAAAGUGGAUAUUAAAUCCUAAGGUCUUGUUCAAGCCAACAUGACCCACGCUGUAACUCAUACUUCUCAACCAUUGAUUAUCACCCAUAAUAGGCCAAACUAAAUCUGGGAAACAUACUUGGGAUGGGAAGUCCUAUUUCACAGGUCCUUCCUACUUAAAUGUCACACAGCUUGGAGGAUGACAAAUGAGAAAGGAAGACAAAUGGAUGGCUUCUACAGAUGAUGAAAAAGGGCAUUUUUUCCUACCAAUCAUUUAAAGUGGAACAGCAUGGAACCAUUAUAUUUGGACUUAGUGGUGAUGCUGGCUGGAGGAUUCUAGGCACUGUCGUCCAAAGGGGAACAUUUCCCAGCUUAGCUGUGAAGACACAGUAGUGAAGGCUUGGAUUCCAACUAGAAAAAUAAAGUUCCCAUAUAAAUAAUAAGAUUGUAAGAACUAUUUGGGGCCCCUGGUGGCACAGCAAAUUAAACUGAUGAGCUGCUGAACUUACUGACCGAAAGGUCAGCAAUUUGAAUCGGAGGAGCGGGCUGAGCUCCUGCUGUUAGCCCCAGCUUCUGCUAACCUAGCAGUUUAAAAACAUGCAAAUAUGAGCAGAUCAAUAGGUACUGCUCCGGCGGGUAGGUAAUGCCACUCUAUGCAGUCAUGCCAGCCACAUGACCUUGGACACUGGUUCUUUGGCUUAGAAAUGGAGAUCAGCACCAACCCACAGAGUCGGACAUGACUAGACUUAAUGUAAGGGGAAAACCUUUACCCUUUAAGAACUGUUCAACAGUGUAAUAGACUGUCUUAAAGUAUGGCGGACUGUCCUUGUUUGGCAGUUUUUAGAAAGGCUGGGUGGCCAUCUCUCAGCAGUUUUGUAUUUCCACAUGGAAAGGGGUUGGACUAAUGGUCUUUGUGAUGAAUUCCAACUCUAUGGUUCUACGAGGGUUGAAUGAAAAGUAAUGCCUCCACCUUCGCAACUCCAACAGAUGGCAGUACUGGUAUGUGGCAGGUAUGGACUUUUUCAGUAGACUCUAUAGUUCCAGUUGGCAGGAAGCCUUAGCAUUGAACGGUUGUGUUGUUAAAGUGCGAAGUAUGGAACCCUAUGCAGACAGUCGGUCAAUGCGACUUAAGCAAUGUGCAGUCAUUGAAUUCUUGACAGCAGAAGGUGUCACCCCAAAGGAGAUUCAUCAGAGAAUGCAAGCUGUUUAUGCUGAUUGUGUUGAUGUAAGUACUGUGCAUCAUUGGGCAAGUAAGUUUAAAGAUGUUGAGGUGGGAACAUUUGACUUGUGUGACAAACAGAGUUGGACGUCCUGUGACAGCAGCCACUGAGUUACACAAGCAAAACGUUGACAGAUUGAUUCAGGACGAUCGUUGUAUCACCCAGAAAUUUCAAGCAUAAUCGGCAUUUCACAAGAACGUGCGGGUCACAUUAUUGCUUUGCUUGGCUAUCGGAAGAUCUGUGCACGAUGGGUACUGUGAGACACUGGUUGCGGAAACACAGUGUCGACUUCUUCCGUGAUGGCUUCAGAAAACAUGUUCAUCAUUGGCAGAGAUGUAUCCAAUUGCCUAGUGGUUAUAUGGAAAAGUGGAUAGUGGUGGUUAAAAAGCACGUUCUAAGGAUUAUUUCUGUGUUUAUUAAACUAUUCCCAUCCAAACCCAAGUAACGAGGGUAGAGGCAUUACUUUUCAUUCAGCCCUCACAUUUAUAUUAUCUACAUGGGUCUCAAGAGUAUACUACAAAUGGUAUGCAAAUAUGACUUCUCAGAAAGAGUACAAUCUUGGAAGAAAAGGCACAUUCCAACAAAAAUACUUAAAAAGGAAAACUUGUUUAAGACCAUUUAUAUAGACCUUUAGUGAGUAGAUAGGCUUCAUCAUCUAUACCAGUGGUUCUCCACCUGUGGGUCCCCAGAUGUUUUGGCCUUCAACUCCCAGAAAUCCUAACAGCUGAUAAACUGGCACGGAUUUCUGGGAGUUGUAGGCCAAAACACCUGGGAACCCACAGGUUGAGAACCACUGAUCUAUACCUCUGUAGGAAGCAUACAGAAAACCAUAUUUGGCCAUCUAGCUGUUUAGGGUUUCUCAGGGGAAGGGCAAUGUAGACACUCUUUGCCCCAGACUCCAUAAAAUAUUCUAGAUGACCUUCCCAAUAAUCUAAGUUUCAGUAUAUCAUAAAUAUAUUUCAUCACCUCCUACUACCACCUUUAAGUGGUUACUGUGAAGAACCUGGCCAUAAACAGCAGGUCUUACCACUCAGGUACAUAGUUUCUCAUUUUCUUUCUAAGAAAGGUUCCACAAUUCAUAUUCUGAUUCUUAAAUUUAUUAAAUCAGUCUAUAAAGCACAAGGAUAUGUGAAACCUUUUGGAUUCUUUAGCUCUCUUCAUCACACCUGAUGUUACAAGAAGUCUGUGAUGGGAGAAGGUAGAAUUGUUCUUAUAGUCAUGGUUGGCAUAGGAAAAAGCAUUAACACAAUAUGGAUUUGGCUUUAUGGCCAGCCCAGCUACAUUUACUUUUUGUAUCCCUAAGCGAGACGGUGUGGUGCAGCACUUUGCAUGUCGGACUAUGACCAUCGAAACCCAUUGAUGGGCAAACCUCUGUGUUUGAAAUGUAUUGUAGAAACACAACAACGGGAAUAAUGUCAUGUCUAAUAUGCUUUUAUAAUAAAAUAGAAUAACUAUA